CUCCUCGAGCGAGUGUACGUCGCGCAACAGAGACGGCGCGCGCUCGGAGGAUGGACGCUCACAGAUAACAGUCGGCGCCUGCCGAGGUCUAUUUACUGACAAGAAAGGUGUUUUUUUUUUUUUUUCCCCUCUCCAGUGGUAUAUUGCUGAACCUGUUUGGUCUGGUUUGUGGAGGAAAAUGGACGAAUUCUUGUGAAGUUUGAAACCUGUCGAACUUUACGCACGCCCUUGGCUGCUGAACAUCCUGGUCAGUGGAACUUCACCGUGUUCGACUGUUUGUCAAAGUUUGAGGACACGGACUGAUUUUGCGGCUGCGGAAGAUCAUCCUCGCACACUUUCUGAGGAAAUAUCGCUCCCCUGAGCAGCAGCUCGACCACAGAAGAGACUUUUCAGACCGAGAGCGCCGCGUCCGUUUGGCGUUAGCUGAGGAAGAUGCCGUGUGUCCGGCGCGAGCGCGCACGAGCUCCCGGCCCGCUGCUCGCGCUGCUGUUCCUCGGCGGCACCUUCGUGUGCAAUGCAGAUGGCAGUGACUACAGUGAAGUUCUGCCAGACUCCUUCCCUUCUGCACCAGCUGAGCCUCUGCCUGAGUUCCAGAGCGAGCCGGAGGACACGUUCAUCGUGAAGAACAGACCAGUGAAACUCUCCUGCAAAGCGUCUCCCGCCACCCAGAUCUACUUCAAAUGCAACGGCGAGUGGGUCAACCAGAACGACCACGUCACCAGAGAGAGCUUGGAUCAGGUCACAGGUCUGGUGGUGCGUGAGGUAGACAUCUCAGUGUCCAGGGUUCAGGUUGAGGAGCUCUUUGGCUUGGAAGAUUACUGGUGCCAGUGUGUAGCCUGGAGCUCAGCGGGUACCACCAAGAGCCGGCGCGCAUAUGUUCGCAUCGCAUACCUCAGGAAAAACUUUGAGCAGGAGCCACUCGGCAGGGAGGUGCGUCUGGAACAGGAAGUUCUGCUGCAGUGCCGCCCACCAGAAGGGAUCCCACCUGCUGAGGUAGAAUGGCUGAAGAAUGAGGAGCUCGUUGAUCCUGUGCAGGACUCCAACUUCCUUAUAACCAUUGACCAUGACCUCAUCAUCAAGCAGGCACGUCUUUCUGACACAGCUAACUACACAUGUGUGGCCCGAAAUGUGGUUGCCAAGCGACGCAGCAGCACUGCUACACUCAUCGUCUAUGUGAGUGGAGGCUGGUCGUCCUGGACAGAGUGGUCAGAGUGUAAUGCACGUUGUGGGCGGGGCUGGCAGCGACGGACACGUAGUUGCACCAAUCCGGCACCACUUAAUGGAGGUGCUUUUUGUGAGGGCUCACCCUUUCAAAGAGUCACCUGCACCACCCUCUGUCCAGUGGAUGGAGGCUGGACAGAGUGGGCUAAAUGGUCAGCGUGUGGGACCGAGUGCACACACUGGCGUAGCCGUGAGUGCCAGGCUCCUCCACCACGUAACGGAGGACGCCACUGCAGCGGCAGCAUGAUGGAGAGCAAGAACUGCACCGAGGGACUGUGUGCCCACUAUAAAAAGGUUUCUGUUGAACAUACAAACCAUCUGGAUUCAGGGGCAGGAGUGGCUAUGUAUGCAAGGCUGGUGGGGGCUCUGUUGUUGUGUGUAAUCCUUGUGCUCAUUGUGGGCAUCCUGGCUUACCGCUGUAGCUGUCGCCAUUUCCACGGAGAUAUCACUGACUCCUCAUCUGCCCUUGCUGCUGCCUUCCAUCCUGGCAAACCGCCAAGACAAGAUAACCUUCAUGUGCUGCACUCCUCAGCUCCCCCCGACCUCACUGCUAGCGCUGGAACAUUCCGGGGGCAGAUCUUCUCCUCGCUGCAACAGAGCACACUUGACUCGCACCACAAGAUCCCCAUGACCAACUCACCUCUGCUAGAUGCUCUGCCCAGCCUCAAGAUUAAAGUUUAUGACUCCUCUACCAUGUCAUCGCUGGAGCUGCCCACCAGCCUGGGAUGUGAAGAAGACAUCAUGAGCUUGAAGACGAUGGGCAGCGGUGCACGAGAGCCUCGCACACACACUCUGCCUGCUGAACCGGGCCACAGCACCAGUGCCACGUUAGGCAGCCUCGGCGGGCGCCUGACCAUCCCUAACACAGGUGUGAGCCUACUGGUGCCGCCAGGAACCAUUCCUCAGGGGAAAUUCUAUGAAAUGUAUCUCAUCAUCAACAAAUGGGAGAAGACUACGUUGCCAUCGGAGGGUGGUCAGACAGUGCUGAGUCCGGUGGUGAGCUGUGGGCCCUCAGCCAUGCUGCUAAGCCGCCCAGUCAUCCUCACCCUGCCCCACUGCGCCCACCUCGAGACUCCCAACUGGAGCCUCACCCUUAAAACACAGAGCAACCAAGGAGUCUGGGAGGAGGUGCUGACUAUAGGAGAGGAGAGUUUGUCCUCGCCGUGUUACAUGCAGCUGGAGGAGCAGAGCUGCCACAUUCUGAUGGAGCACUUAGGCACCUACGGUCUGGUGGGACAGUCAGUUCCUCCUCAGCCUGCUUGUAAGAGGCUACAGCUUGCCCUGUUUGCUCCCCGAGCUCCUUGCCUCUCUCUGGAUUACAGUCUGAGGGUCUACUGCAUACAAGACACGCCCUAUGCCCUAAAGGAAGUGUUAGAAUUAGAGCGAACACUUGGUGGGGUAUUAUUGGAGGAUCCCAAGUCACUCCUCUUUAAGGACAGUUACAACAACCUACGACUGUCAAUCCAUGACAUCCCGCACUCUCAUUGGAGGAGCAAACUUCUUGCCAAGUAUCAGGAGAUCCCAUUCUACCACAUCUGGAAUGGGAGCCAGCGGCCCCUGCACUGCACCUUUAGCCUGGAGAGAGGCAGCCUGGCCGUGUCCCAGCUCAGCUGUAAAAUCUGUGUGAGGCAGGUGGAAGGGGAGGGACAGAUAUUCCAGCUCUACACAGACAUCCAGGAGACAUUGCCCCCCCAUUCACCGCUGCCUGCAGCAGGAACAAGCCUGCCGUCAUCUCAGGUGGGUCCUUAUGCCUUCCGCCUGCCAGCCUCCAUCCGCCAAAAGAUCUGUGCCAGUCUUGAUGCCCCCAGUGCCCGCGGCUGUGACUGGAGACUGCUUGCACACAGCCUGGGCUUUGACAGGUACCUGAACUACUUUGCCACCAAGCCAAGUCCCACAGGUGUGCUGCUCGACCUGUGGGAAGCCUGUCACCACGGUGAUGCCGACCUGGUCUCCCUGGCGACUGCUCUGGAAGAGAUGGGCAAGAGUGAGGUCUUAGUUGUCAUGACGACAGAUGAGGACUGCUGAUUGGGUAAUCAAACCCCGUAAAAAGGAAAGAAAUGUGCCACCAUGAAUAAAGCAAUCAUUAAUGCCAGUGGAUGGGCAUAAAGAUGUGACCACACACCCUGACUCGUCACUGUGUGUGCACACAGAAGAUACAGAGCUGCAAGCCGCUGGCUCCAUGAUCUCUCAGUUUUACACACAGUACUGCACUCAGUCACAACGGACAUGAACCAAAAAAAAAAAAAGUGAUGUCAUUUGAAUGAGAACAUUUUUUAAUCUUAAUGCAGGUAGCAGGUUUAAAUCUUGGCCUGUCUGCAUAAAUCAUAUGUACAAGCUCAUGAUUCAAAGAUGCUUUUUGCCCUCUCAGACGUGAAUAAUUUUUCAUCUAAACACAGGCACACACACUCAGACUACAUGCUGGAAGCCAAGUGUGAAAGUGCAUGAUUAAGCAUCACUUUAGGUCGUGAUUGAGCUUUUGUUUCUUAGUGAUUAUUGGAGGCUUAAAGUCACCAUCAAAUAGACUCUGGAGUGAAGCACUUUCUCUAGCUGCUGACACACACACACACACACACACAGAUGUCCUUACACAGAAUAGAGUGUUGAUAAUAGAGCAUGCAAGCAGCCAAAUUAAUGAGACAUAGACUCAGAAACAGCAGUACUGCAAUAGUUAUUAGUAUUGCCAUUUUCAUUUACAACAUAAUGAGAAUAGUCUGUAGUGAACCUGACACUGCAUUUCACCUGUUUAGCAAAAUUUUUGACAUGUUUAUGAUUAGCAAAAAGAAACAGGGAGCCUUUGUUGUUGCAAGAAAGUAGGGAUGUACAGAUUACACGUUUCCCAUUUCCAAUACAACAAGUAUUGCGUGAUAUCUCCUGAUACCUGUUACUGAUUCAGUACUGACAUCCUCACAGGAACCAAGCCAAAUUUCUGCCAGCUGCUGUUGCCUAGUUAUGCAAAAUAUCAGAGAUAUGAUGGUGCCGUGUUCAAGUCAACGUCACUCACCUUCAUGACAAAACACGUCAGAGGAUCAGAUGUCAAAUCAGAUCAUUUUCAGGCGAGUGUCAGUGCAUCUCUAGAGGAAAGCUUUUAUGAACUGCAUUUCCGUUUUACUUUAUUCUAGUCAUCUUGGUUGCUUUUAAUGAAAUUUUCUCUUCAACACAUCAUGAAAUGCAGAAGAGCUAUCACACAAAAAGUUUCCUAUAGGGAACACACUUUUUAAUUUACUGUCCAUAUUAGUGGAUUAUUGUUUCAUUCUUUCUUGUUGUAUCUGCUGUAAUGUUAUUGAGUAGAACGUCUACAUCUGUGCUUGACUGCUGUUACAUUACACAAGCAGGGAGUGGUUAAAAAGUGCUUAAAGGACUUCAUGUUAUGUGGCAAGCUUUUCUAAAUGCUGUGUAAUACAUCAUGAGUGAACUGUCAUUUCAGGCAUUGAAACAGACAUGAAAAAUGCGAGCUCUGAUUCUGUGAUCUUGUGUUUGGGUUCAACUCGAGCCAUUAAUCACUGCUCAGACUCUAAGGUCAGCCAAUUGUAGGCCUUGUGUUAAGUGUCUUUGGAAAUGGCAUGGCUGCUCUUUGGACUGCAUUGUGUCCCAUUCACUGUCUUCUCUGACUGUGGGUUGGAAAUGUUACUAUAGUGUGAGACUAACAGCCAUGGCUGUCAUGGGCCCUUUACCAUUUGUCCAUUUUGAUGUUGUAUCAUUAACAUAUUGUGACCUUAAUAUUAUAAGCUUCAGUCUGGCAUUUUGGCAGCAAAUGAGUUCAGCACAUUAGUUGGAACAUAACUUCGCAUUUGGUAUUAUUCUGUCUCUUUCUCUGUCUCCUUUUUAUUUUACAAGCUUUCUGGUUCAAUAUUUUAAGGAAAGUUGCGUAUCUAAAAUGAACUUGGAAUGAACUUGGAUUCUAUCACAGCCAGUCAUAAUUGUAGAUGAAUUAUUAAUGAGUCAUUUUAUCAAUUGUAAUAAAUUGCUAAUCAAAAUUGCUAGUCCACACAGUUUAAUACAGUGAAUGAAGCAUAUUGGUGUUAUCAGACAUUUCUUGUGGCAUACAUGAAAAGGAAAAAAGCAUUUAAGUGUUAAAAGCAUUUAUUAGUGCUAAUUUUACUUCCUACUACGAGUGUAGUAUAAAAAAUCCUUUGUCUUAGCCUAGUGUAUUUACAGCUCUAACAAUGUGUUAAACUUAAAAAAAAAAGAAAAUAAAAUAAAAAGCCUCAAGCACAGUGGAAAGCUUAGUAAUGCUAGUGGUAAAUAUUAGCCAACACCUACCUACCUCCAAUAAUGUGUUUUUUUUCUGCAGUAGCUCCGAGUGGAAGCAGGACUAAAUAUUAGCUAGUUAUAGAUAUAUUAAGAAACUAUAUUACAUGGAUAAUACAUGUGGCACCUAUUGGUUUCACUGCUUGUAGCUUUAUACUUUUCUCAGUAAAAUCUGUGUUUUUUUUUCCCCAGUGUAUAUUUACUGUAUGAAUGACUUCAUAUAAAAUAAUUUCAGAAGUGAAAUAUGAGAAAACAUAGCCUAUUGAGGUGCAAAUACAUUGAUGUGCCAUCUGUGUUUUAAAACGAAUUACUGAACUGCAGUGAUGUUAAUAACUUGAUAACCAUGUUUCCUACCUGGUCAAAUACCCACUUUUUAAAUAUCUCAGGGUUUUGAUAAUGUACAUGUGAAGCACUUUUAAACUCUACACCCUACUGAAAUAUAAACAUGGAUGUCACUCCUGUAGCUUUUGCUAGCUGAAACAUCACAUCUUUGAUGCUUGAUGUCAAAAAACUGCUUUUCUGCCAGAUAGAACUAUAUAAUUCUAAGGUCACAAUAUGUCUUUUAAUUUUUUUUUACAGCCAUUUCUUUGUAAAAGUGUUGAGAUAUUCUCCAGAAAAAAAGCAGUAUCUGUCCAUCUUUCUGGAAAAGUAAUUUUUGUGGUGUGUGUACACGUGCUGUUGAAUGCGUGCUGGUUGAAGGGCCUCAUUUUGUAGCAGUUUCUUUGAACUUUUUAUGUAAAUUCUAUGCAAGUACAAAAUGAGUAAAUUUGCAGACCUCCUUAAAGUUUUCUGUUUGAUGUGCAGGUGUCAGUUUGGAAAUUGUCAUGCUGUACUACUGACACAUGCUGGAACAGGCCUUAAGGAUAAAAAGGUUCUCCAAGGCUCAUCAGCAGAAACAAACAAUAUAAAAUGACUCCAGGAAGUUGGGAUUAUAACUGGUCUCCAUGUGCUCUUUGCUGCUUUUCUGAGCUGUGUGGAGGAAUUCUGCCAUCAGUAGACAAAAUUAAAUAUUCUUUCUAAGGAGGAGUAAAUUAGGACCUCUACCCAUGAAAAGGAUUGGCAGUUAUGACACUGUAAAGGAAGCUCCUAAGCACAUGGAUUUGUUUGGGGAAACUUCUUCUAACCUGGACGCAACAUUUGGACAUCCUUCAGGUGCACGCAGAGACGUGGGACUGCAUCUGGUCUCCUCCUCCCGAGAACCACCUCUUUCUGGAUGUUGGUUGCUUUUCACAAACCCUGAGUGAUUUUGUUCUGAUGUCAUACCAGAACUCUGAGGUCUUUUUUUUUGUUUGUUUGUUUCAUUUAAACACUGUAAAUGUCUGUUGUACAUAAAUGUUUAGCCUUCUUACUGUAACUAAAUAUAAUUUUUAUGCAAUAAAUUAUAUUUCUUAGUUUAACAAGAAAUAAGGAUGUCUGUAAUCAUUUCUUUGCUGUUUCAACACAGUUUAUGCAAUUAUGAUGUGGGAGAUGUGUAUGAUGUGUAAAGCGUGGGAGAAGAAUGGGCGAUGAAAAAAAGACACUAGGAGUUUUAAAGAAGUAAGUAAGUAAAUAAGGACGGACGGAAGGAAGGAAGGAAGGAUAGCUUGG